UGUCAUCAAGCGUCUGUUACAUCUAGAUGAAAUAAGAAGAAUGCAAUCGACUAAAAUCAGCAAAUUAACCCCGGCAUUAUUGCCACUGAUUAGUGAUGGCUGCUUGUGUCCACGCCGCUGCUACCAGUCACACAGAAUCCGAAGCCAGACCCUUGAACGUCAUAGAACUUCUCCAUUGAACGCAGACAAAGAAAAAUAUGUACCAGAAACAUUGCAAAAUGUUGAUAAAAGACCUCCAAAUGCAAAAUUUUUGGAGCAAAAUCCGGAGUUCUUGCCAAGACCAGACUGGGCUUACCGAGAUCGGCUCUGUGAGAUGCUAGAAAGACGAGACAUGUACAGCCGGCGACGUAACAUCAUUAUACCCGAGUUCUAUGUUGGCAGCGUUCUGGCAGUAACAGUUGCAGACAAGAAUGAGCCAGGCAAGUCGUCCCGGUUUCUGGGCAUCUGUAUACAUAGAGAUGAUCCAGGCCUUCACCACAAGAUCAUCCUCAGAAAUAUCAUUGAUGGACAAGGUAUUGAGGUGAUGUAUGAGAUCUACAGCCCAGUUAUCCAAAAAAUUGAGGUUAUCCGACUUGAAAAGCGACUUGACAAAGAGCUCUUCUACCUGCGUGACUGCCCGCAUGAGUUUUCAUAUUUCCCCCAGGAUAUGGAGCCUGCUAUUAUUCACAAGGGCAUGGAUGUCCCUGUCAACCAACUCAAGGUUAAGCUGAACAUGCGUCCGUGGAGCCAGCGUUGGGAGAGGCAUGAACUGCAGGGGGUGGAGCCGUUCACGGGCUGGAAGGACAAGAAACAGAAGGACAAGAUUGAGAGGCUGAAAAACCAUCCUCAGGUGCAGAAGCCCUGGGAGAAACACGACAUCAUGAAACACUACAGAGAGUCCAUCAAUCCUGUGGACACUAAGAGCAUAUACGCUGAAGUUGAGGAGAACUCAAAAGACUGGAAAGUUAAGACUGAUCCUUCUGACACUAAAGAGGAUAAGUGAUUUAUAGUUAGGAUUUGUUUGUCUGUAAUAAAUGCUUUAUGACUUUU